UCAAUCUUAUGGGAUAUCGGUCACAGUUUUGUCCCUUGAUUCCAAGAGACUGAUCAAUGAAUCUACCAGUAACCAUAUUGAUCUAAUAUUAGCUGAUAAGAUAUAGUUUGUGCAAGGAUUGAAUUAAGCUAUUAGCAGCAUUAUAUUAAUAGAGAUGAGCUACUUAGAUAAGGUGGCAAGCUUGUAGUAUAAUUUACUUUUCUUUGUUCCUUUUUUUUUUAAAUAAAUGUAGGCCUACUUUGUUUUAAUAUUACAAGCCUUAGUAAUUGUCUUUUUGAAAACUAUAGCCUACUUUGAUAAGUUAUAAAAUUUUUUAAAAAUCUGCUCUGCUCAAAGUAUAAGUAUUUACAAAAAGUUUAAAAACAAAAUGAAGUUGAAGAUCUUUGUUUGGACCUCAAGUUUCAACCUUCUGUGUGUGCUCUCUGUGUGCCAGGCUCAGAUCCAUCAGCUGGACAACAAUGGAGAUAUAACCACAGAGGCACCUGAAAGUGUCAGUUCUUGCAUAUUCACAGUUGUUGAAAGUAUGCCAGAAAAUCUUACUUUUGCACCUGGUCAGCCAUUGCAUGUGUCCACCUACAGUGCACAUAAAAGAUUGUUAGCUAAAGCCACUCAAAGUAUUCACCUGACCUCAUUCUACUGGACAUUGCUGGGGACAGACACAGAAGUCCAUGAUUAUAGUAGUUUUGAGGGAGAAGACAUUUAUGCUGAGCUUUCAACUAUUGUGCUAAAUGGAACAGUGGAAGUGAAAAUUGUUCAGAAUGUGACCAACAACAAUACAGACAAUUUAGCUUUAGCUGGGGCUCAGGUGAGGACCCUAGAUUUUCAGAGACUGCUUCACGCUGGGGUCCUGCACACCAAAAUGUGGAUUGUUGAUAAGUUGCAUGUUUAUAUUGGCAGUGCCAACUUUGACUGGAGAUCUUACACUCAGGUGAAAGAGCUUGGUGUACUGAUAGAAAACUGUCCUACACUAGCAGCAGAUGCUGACAAACUGUUCGAUGUUUACUGGCACUUUAGCAAUCCAUCUCAACCUGGUUUACUGGACAGUUCACUGGCUUCAUAUAGCACCAAUAUAAAUGCUAGCAAUCCUCACCAAGUAACCUACAAUCAAACCAAAGCUCUUGUUUACCUAUCAAGCUCCCCACCUCCUUUCUGUGCUGAUGGAAGAUCAGGAGACAUAGAUGCUAUUCUCAGUGUUAUAAGAGCUGCUAAAGAGUUUGUUUACAUCUCUGUCAUGGAUUACCUGCCUUUGAUUGUGUAUUCAAUGCCCCAAGUUUACUGGCCAGUAAUUGAUGAUGAACUGAGAAGAGCAGUAAUAGACAGGAAGGUGGUUGUGCGUCUGCUAGCAAGCAAAUGGGUACACACUAAAAGAGACAUGUAUGCUUUUCUAAAUUCUCUCAAUGUUUUGAAAAAUGCAACAAGCCUCAAAGUUAACAUUCAAGUGAAACUCUUUACCGUACCAGCUUUUACAGCAAUUCAGAGAGACAUUCCUUUUUCUAGAGUUGGUCAUAGUAAAUACAUGGUUACAGAUCAGGAUGCUUAUAUAGGUACAUCAAACUGGUCAGGAGAUUAUUUCACCAGCACAGGUGGGGUAGGAUUCAUUCUGCAUGAAACAGACGAUGGUGGGCUUAGAAGUCAGCUGGUCAACAUCUUUAACAGAGACUGGAACUCAAGCUAUGCUCGAGAUGUUUAUUGAAUACACUGUUUACUGGUACGUUAAUCUGUCAAAUAAUUUCCAGUUCCAUUACUUACUUUUUCACACAGACUGAUUUUCAUUUUAGUUGGUCUUUGCAAUUUUCUUAUAGAAAGUUGAACUAGAAUAUUUAGUUGUUUACAUUUUAUUUCUUAACAUCAACAAAUGUGUAUUAUUAUGUUAAUAAAAUGUUAUAGAAAAUCA